CACUGUGUGCAUGCGGAAGAAGACGGCGACCCGGUUUGGCCGUUAGCUUUCACCUCCUCCAAAGACGAGUCAUUUCCGCGGUUCUGGUGCAGUCGAAUCUCGCUUAUUUGUGAACCCCCCAGUGUUGAGUAGCACCAUCAGGAUGUCCAGCCACUUUCGUCACUUCCUCGUCCUCCUGCUGAUGCUGCUGAGUGUGGGAGUCUCUGCGGUGGAAGUACAACGUCCCCGCGGUGUCCCUUUGUCCAAACGUGAGUUCUACGAAGAAGGCAAACCCUUUACUUGCCUGGAUGGCUCUCACACUAUUCCCUUUGACAGAGUGAAUGAUGAUUACUGCGACUGCCAGGAUGGCACAGAUGAGCCAGGCACUGCUGCUUGUCCCAACGGCAGUUUUCACUGCACCAACGCAGGUUUCCGACCAGCCUUCAUCCCAUCUUCGCGCAUUAAUGACGGCAUCUGUGACUGCUGUGACACAACAGACGAAUACAACAGCGGUGCAGCCUGUCAGAACACAUGCAGGGAGCUGGGGCGCAACGAGAGGGAGAGCCUGCGCAAGUUGGCAGAGAUAGCUAAAGAGGGAUUUCUGCUUAAACAGCAGCUUAUCCAUGAAUCCAAGAGAGGCAUAGAGGACAAGAAGACCAAACUUGAAGAGGUUCAGCUCAGUAGGAAGGAGCUGGUGGACAGAGUGGAAGCUCUGAGAACUGUAAAAGAGACUGCAGAGCAGCCAGAGAAAGAAGCUAAAGACCGCCAUCUACAGGCCUGGGAAGACCAAAAAGCUGUCAUUCGUAUGGAGAAGGACAAGGGGAAAAUGGCUGAGGUGUUUCUUGAGCUGGAUGAUGACGCAGAUGGUUUUGUCUCUGUGUCUGAGCUUCUGUCCCACUCUGAGCUGGAUCCAGAUUCAGAUGGUCCAUUCACUGAAGAAGAGGCUCAGGUGAUAUUGGGCAGUGUGGACAAAGUGGACACAGUAGCAUUUGAGACUGUUUGGAGUAACAUCAAAGAAAAAUACAAAUCAGAGGCCACCACUGACACUUCAGCACCAGUGGAGCCUCCACAUGAGGAGACAGGGGAACCGGUCUCCGACAAUGACUCCGAGUCGUACUCUGAAGACGACAUCCCAGAGGAGGAAGAGGAGGACGAUGAAGACGACGAAGACGACGACCAAGAUGACGCAGACUACAAGACCCCUCCCACGGUGACGACUCCAGAAAAGAAGAGCGAUGACGACGAUGAGGGAACUAUGCCUCCCUACAACCAAGAAACGCAGAACCUCAUUGACUCUGCUCAAAAAGCCAGAGACGAGUUUGAUGAGGCGGAGAGAGCUCUCCGGGAAGUGGACGAUCAGAUUAGGAACCUUGAGAAGGAGAUUUCCUUUGACUUUGGACCCAGUGGGGAAUUUGCUUAUCUCUACAGCCAGUGCUAUGAGUUAUCUACCAGCGAAUACAUCUACAAGCUGUGCCCGUUCAACAGAGUGUCCCAGAAACCCAAGUACGGUGGAUCUGAGACGAACCUGGGAUCGUGGGGGAAAUGGGCAGGUCCCGAAAAUGACGUUUACGCUUUGAUGAAGUACGAACAUGGAACGGGAUGCUGGCAAGGUCCAAACAGGUCCACCACAGUUAAGUUAAUAUGUGGAAAGGAGACAGUUGUCACGUCGACAUCGGAGCCCAGUCGCUGUGAGUACCUGAUGGAGUUCAUCACUCCUGCCGUGUGUCAAGAGCCUCCAAGUCUGGACUCUCCUCAUGUGCAUGAAGAGCUCUAAGUCCAUUUUACCUGUUGACCCCGAGGGACCAACGCAGUCACCGCGGCAACGCCAGGUUGCCAUGAUGUGAGCGGCGCCACCUCGGCGUCUGCUAACAAUCGAGAAUAAGUGAUGGAAAUUCCAAUGCGGCGUCAACACUUCUAAAUCUUCCACUGCUGUACCUGUUCAGUUGAUUCCCUGAUGCGUGUCAAAUGUUGUUGUCCAUUCCAUUGUUUUCAAAUAAAGCUCUUAUAUCAUAUUCCAAA